AUGCCUAAUACCAAAGAUAAACGUUUUAACAUUGCAAUGUAUAUGAAAGAAAGGAAAGAAGCAAGGUUUAAAGCUGUUCUAAAUCAUCGAUCGCUAGCGUUGGAGCACAAGAAAAGCGAGAGAAUUCAAGCCAAGGUAUAGAAACCUAAGCAAUGUAUUUGUUAUUCAGAUAUUAACAUUCUAUUUACUAUCAGUAAAUGUUUAACUUUGUUAUUAAUAUAAACAUUUACCUUUAUGCAGAUUGUAAAAGCAAAGGAAAAAACAGCUGCUUUGACAUCUGAUUUGGAAAACAAUAUGGUGAGUUUCUGCGACAAAUCAAAUCAUGUGGUAUAGUAGGAUUAAACCCAUUAAGCCGUAAUAUGUCUAUAUUUUGUUAUUUUACUCUGUCUAAUGCCAGAUGAUUUUACUCAUCAAGGUGAAAAUAUUGGACAUUAACCCAUUAUGCGCCAGCGCUCUCCCCUUGACGAGGAAAAUCGUCUGGCGUUAAACAGAGUAAAAUACUAAACUAAGGUGCAUCAGGGUGCAAUGCGACUCAAUGGGUUAACUGGUAAAUUACAGCAGCAUAUUUUGGUUCAUCUAUGCAUUUUACAAUUUACAUUAUAAUAUAGCAUUUGUAAAUUCUGAACGCUGAUUGGCUAAGAGCCGUGUUGAUAUAACUCAAUGUCAACACGGGAAAUUUUCCGCCGCUUGUAAACACGGAAUUUUUUCCUAUCCUUCGGGCUUUUGACAUUGCUAUAUUAUAAAAAAAUAUAAAACAUUUUUUCCGUGUUGAUAUAUAGUUAUAUCAACACUCGUGGAAGUUGGGAAAACUCGAAAUUGUAUGGAAACACGAUGCCUGAAGGGCGUGUCCCAAUUCCACUCGUGUUGAUAUAAAUGUAUAUCAACACGGAAAAUGUUUUAUAUUUGUUAAAUAACAGUCAACUAUUUACAUGCACAGGUAAUAUAUACUGUAAAUUUAAGUAAUGAUAUAAAAGAUUCUGGACUUUCAUGCAAGAAAUACCCCGUCAGAUAAACAAUUAUGAUUUUCGAACACUUUUUUCAGGUUUUUUACAAUUUUAUUAUUUAACGACAAUACCAGUACUGCUAAUAUAUUGCCUGCCUGUGCAGUUCAACUAUUUUGGCCUUGUUAUUUUGGCUCGGCAACAAUGGCUUCAAUUACCUCUAGUAUAAUUUGUUCGUGAUGGUAAGUGGGAUUUGAGAUGGGCCGUGACCAUUUGAUGAUCCUAAUUAAUUUGUAUUGUUAGCCCUGUAAUUCUGAGACAAGGACAAGAAAAGCUACGACAUUGGAGAAUGGGGUAUCAAAUAUGCCAGUUCGAACAGCAACAAAAAGGAGGCGGGAAACCAUGACAGCGGUAUCAGCAAUCCAUGGUGCAUCCAAGAAGAAUUUAAAGCCUGCUUAUGAUGGGAUGUUCGACACCCUCCAGAAACGAUGCAAGAUGAAAGAUUUAACAAAUUAUGUAUUAGGUAAUGAGAAUUUAACUAAAACUGUAGUUUCUGAACAUUACAAAAAAGAGUUGAAAGAUUUUGAAAAAUCAAAAGAAAAUGCGGAAAGGAGUAUUGCUACAUUUUACUCCAGUGGUGUCAUGGGCAAGAGAAAAUAUCAAAGUGUUAGGCUUGUGCUUUCAAUGACAUCAAGCGAACAAGGUGGGAGAACGGGCAUAUCAAUUUUUCCAGGCUGCAAGGUACCCAAAAUAUUAACAUAUAAUAACCUUGUAAGAGAGUUGAACAAAAUUGAUAUUGGAAAUGUUUUGGAAAUCAAUAACGAGUACCUCAGUGACUUAGAAAUAGAUGCACCCAUCAAUGGCGCAUACAGAGAUCUAAGAGAGUACUUGCCACGUUUAGCUAAGUUCUAUUUGAGUACCGAUAGAAAACAUGCUUUAGAAUGGUACGGUAAAACUGAGGGUACAUUUUUAAUAGCACUAGGAGGGGAUGGUUGCCCAUUUGGGAAACAUGAAAGUGCCUGUUCAUUUUUAGUUAGUUUCCUUAAUGUUGGUCGAAAGGUAGCAUCAAGUCAUGAUAACUUUUGCAUUUUUGGGGCUAAUUGUGACGAGACCUCUCAAGUUGUAAAAAAAUAUGUGAGGUCUCUAGUUCAUCAGAUUGCUGAGUUGGACAAAAAGAUUUUCCAAAUUGAUGACUGGGUCACAAUUACCUUUAAAGUGCAAGAACUUCCUAAUGACAUGAAGAUGCUCGCCAUGCUUGCAGGGGAACUUGUCAUUAGUUCUAAGUACUUCUCCCCCUUUGCCAAUGUUUGCAAAGAUGAUGCAACUGACUUGCAGGCAUCUUUUGGUCCAGAACCAGGGCACAAAUGGCAGCCAUGGGAAUAUAAACAAAGGGUCAAUGUUGUUGGAAAGGUGGAAUCUUUUAAGAAAAAAAUUGAGAAAAAACCAUUAUCUUGCAAAGUUAAACGGACUAAAGUCACAGAAUUUAUUGCCUCGCAAAAGAGCAGGCAAGAAUUCCUGCCCCUUUUGGACAAAUACAUUGACCAGGCACAUGUGGAGCCUUUGCACCUAAAAAAUAAUGCCUGGCAAUAUUUUUUUAAGGGUGUUUUGAAAGAGGCCAUUCGAAAAUCAAAACUCCCAGUAAGUUGUAAGACAUUUUCUGAAGUACCCGAGGAAAGUGUUUUUGGCAGGCUUAUUAGUUCACUGAAAAUGCAGGUAAAAGCAGGAUGCCUUUGCAAGAAGGUUAAGCGGUGGUUUGAUGACACCCAGGGAUCUGGGCCUGAUUUGCAAUACAGGUUCACAGGCAAGGAGUCUCGUAGGUUUUGUCACAAUUAUAUGAGCUUAGUCAAUGCACUAAGUGAUGAUAAUGACACAAAAGCAGACAGACAGGCUAUCCUUGUCUUUGCCUACUUAGGGCAGAGACUACGGGACAGUGUGUCUCUCAUAAACAGAUUUGACAUUAAAGAAGAGCAACUCGCCCAGCUUACUCUUGCAGCACAAGAGUAUUUGAGGGUGAAUGCAAUGUUUUUGUCAACAUCUGUAAAUCCUACUGUUUGGACAUUGGGACAUAUUGUCCCUGUUCAUGCCCAACAAGUGUUUUCACAGUACAAUAAAGGCUUGGCUAUAGUCACCAUGGAAGGGCGGGAAGCCAAACAUAUUUUUCUUAAAAAAUUAAGUCAAAAUACAACUUAUCAAAGGCGGUGGCUUGAAAUAUUUAAGCAUGAAUAUAUUAUGUUAGUAUGGUUACCAGAACAUGGUUAUGAGCUCCCAGGUAACAAAAGCCACAAUGAAGCCUAUAUUCCACCUAGAAUUUUUGAGAAUCCAUCAUACUGCUACUGUGGUUUAUUAAAAACUAACCCUAGUGAUGCAAAAUGUUCAAUUUGUGGGGACCCAUUGAUGAGGCUUAUUGAAAAAAGUGUCACUGAGGGAAAGAUUGAUUCUGGUUUGAAACUUUAA